GUAGCAAAACUUUUGUCACCAAAUAAUUCUAUUACUUCUACAAUUUUACCUCUUUGCAAAAAAUUAUCAUCUCAACUUUUUUCUCGAAAAUCAAUAUCUAUAUCUUCUUCUAUAAGCAUACAACAGAAAUUUCUGAUUGAUCCAAGUUCAACAACUUAUGAUAUUACAGAAAUUCCAACUAUUAGAAGUA